AUGAAUCGAUCAUCAAGACCAGAAGAUUUACAGUUACAAAAGUCGUCUACUUCGACGCGGGUGCGAAGUCAAAGUAUUGGAUCUGUGGAUAAACCAUUAAGCUCCAAUGGCUCUUCUGUUUACUCACUUACCAAUCCUUUGACAAAUGUCACCCCGGAGCCAGCCUAUAUUGCAGCUUCAGCAGCCACAGGAAUUGUCACAGGCAAUCAUGAAGGAUUUCUACACGACGAGGACAACGCUGGCCAUGCAACAGCAACUAUACCAGUUACACCAGCAUCAUUGAAACUUAUCAACCAGUUCCUAGAUUUUCUUUUAUACUCAUUCCUGUCAGCAUCAAAAUCGACCUCACUGAAGGCCCUUCGGCCAGCGGUUUCAGAAGUACUUCGAAACCGGUUGGCAAAAGAGGCAGUUGCUGGAGCUGAUCAGGAGCUAAGCUCUUACCUUGGGGGAGGGGAUGACGGGGAUGACUUUGAUGGAUUGAAUGAAGCCCCAGAAAUUAGUGCGGAAUGGGAUUUAGAGACUGCAUGGAAGAAGACCAGAUUGCGGUGUAUGGUCUACUCGUCACUUGGAGAUAUUGAGGAGGAUGAUGAAGAGAUCUACUUGGGAUAUGGAAACCUCGAAGGGAUUGUUGGUUCUCAGCAAUACGAGCAGAAUAGCAUCGUGCCCGGCAUUGUUUCUCCAGCAGUAGCAAUAUGGCUCACAGCGGUUUUGGAGUUCAUGGGUGAACAAACACUGCUUCUAGCUGGUCACGCCGCUAUCAAUCGCUUCACACAACGAAUGGCUGCGAUUGAGAGUGGGGGCUAUCAACUCGAUACAACUGAGAGAGAAAGGCCUAUGGUUGAGGAGUUGGAUACGGAGAAAGUUGCAUUAAACUCUUCAUUGGGAAGGCUAUGGAGGCAAUGGCGUAAACGCGUGCGUGGUAGAGGGUCUUCGUUUUCCUCACCUGGUUCUCAUGGGGGGAUUUUACAGCGACUUGAGCGUACUGCUAGCAGAAUGAGCAGCAGUAGUACAUUAACAGACCCAAGGAAUACGCAACCUGAAGCACCAGAAAUCAGAGAAGAAAUUACUGGCACUGCGGGCAGAGAACUUGGGACAAAUGUUGAGAACCAAGUAAAAGAGACCUCCGUUUCUACAGAAAAAGAAACCCUGGAGUCAAUAAACACUCCUUCCAACCUCGGCGCUGGUCACGAUUACUUGUUUUACGAAGAUAGUCCGAGAAGGCGCCCACAGAGUUUGGUAUUGUUGCCUUCAACAACGACAGAAGCACCAUUUGUGCUUUCCCGAUCCAUCAAACGGCGCAACUCCUUGCCUGCCAUUAUUCGUUCGGAGUUCCCUGAUCCGGUUGUUGAGGAUACUCCAGAAGGCGAAGGUGCAGAAACAGAUUUUGAGGACAUUGAUGGUGAAUUUUAUACACCUGCGGAAGAGGGGCUCAACUUGGAUGUAUCUGUUCAAGUUGUGAAACCUACGUCCGAGCAGCUAAACCCGUUAGGGAAAUCUUACUUUCCUACUCAAGAACAACCCAAGAGAUCGGCUGUUCAGGGAGCUGCUGAAUUCAAACAUUUGAAUGAAGAGGCCGAGGCUCUAAAAAAAACACCAGUCCCUGAUGAUGGGAUUUCAGAACUUACUUUCUUCACACAGGCUACUGAUGACGAAGACGAUGAAGAUGAUGAUCAUCAUAGCAUUAUUGGUUCGGCUCACACAUCAGAUAUUCAAGUUCAGCCUUCUGCAUCUCAAACACCAUCGCCCUUACAUAAGUCUGGCGACCAUUCAGACCAUCCCGAAAAUCUUACCCCAAAGUUCGAGCGUUUUACACCAUCAUCAAGAAGGCGACCAGCUGAACUUGUUGAAAUACGCACCAACGGCCGUGUCUCGACUUUCCAGGAGCAGCGCGCUGCAGAUCGACGACCGUCAGCAACAACACUGGCAGAAUUAAUCGAUUCCGACGAUGAAUCACCAACUACGACAACCCAUAAGUAUUUUGUCGAAGGGGGUAGACUGACGCCUGGCGGUACUAAUCAAAUUGCGGGUGAUUACUUUGCACACGCAAAAAAGGCCUCCUCCGCUAGUAGCAAGUAUUCUCAGCAUUCCCAGCUUUCAGACAGAAAGCUAGGGCAACUUACGUUAAUUCAGCCUCCUGGAAGUACCGUAUCACUCCCGUCAGAACGGGGUAAUGUACGAGCGUGGACACCCCCUCAAACGCCAAAUAAAUCAAGACGUUCUUCAAGUUCUGGAAAGGCGCAGCGCCCAGUUACAUCGCAUUCAGGUACUUCGCAAAAUUCCACAAAACUGAAGAGUCUUAUCGCAUGGCCUAUGGAGAGUGGAAAGCAGUCAAGAGAGUCAGACGACGAAAGCAGGAGCAGCCUACAUAGUGAAAGGCCAUCUACAAAACUUGCAAGCCUGGAUGAUAAAGAACGCAGCUUCGAAGAGUUGAUUUCUAGCGGUGAUACUAUUCAUUGUACUAUAACGCCUGACCCCCUAAGGCGGAUGGAGUCAAAAGAAGUUCAAACGCCACGCACUGCAACAUCGGCACUUGUGGACUUCUUGCGAAAUACUGGACCAGACGGCAAGGAGGCGCGUGCCGUACCACCAAGCAGGUCUGGCAAUUCUUCACGGCCUUCUACCGCCCGCGCAAUUCCUAUAAUUCCUAAAGAUCCCAGUCUUGAGGACGUAGCCUCGCUUACUCAGCUACUUCGAUCCACUUCGGCUUCUCCCUCCGAAACAAGGCCUCAAACACCCACAACCUCCCUCCCAUCAUCUUCUCAUAACUCUACCUACAGCCCGGCUUCACGACAUAUGUACAGACCUAACUCAGUAACCACCUCUCCAAAAGCCAGUAAUGAAUCUACACCACUAAAUCCAGGUGGCAUUACCGGAAUUCCAGCCGUAAUUAGGCAGUAUCGAUCCGACUCACUCGGAUCUCGCCCAAAGAAUCGCCUGGUAGCUCGGCAUGCAAGCGGUUUUACAACAAGCGACUCUACUUCUGCGCUUGCUGAUUUCUUUCGGAAUACUACACCUCCCAUAGAUGUUGAUGGACAAGUCACUCAGCGCCGUAUCUCCCGAAGUGUCGCUCCAUUCCGCAACACUAUGGAUUCCGACCAGUUCGAGCUCCCGGAGGCUGAACCUGAGCCUGCGGUAAACAACGCAACGCCACCUACCGAACUCAACUUCUUGACUAGUGCCGCUGCGCCACCUGAUUCUUAUCAGUCGUCCUUCUCGUCUUCGACAGCCCUUCUGCGUAAUAAUUCCAAGAAGCAACAUGACUACGGAGCAGUUAACUCUAUGCCAGAGACCAAACGGAAACAGACACGCAUCAAAGAUCCAUAUGCGAUUGACAUGGAUGACGAAGAGGACGACGAAGACAUGGAGGCGUUAAACCUAAUAAUCCCAAAGAAAAGAAAGGAGGAUGAGAGCCUUAUGGAUUUUCUUCGGAAUGUACCGCCACCCCCUCAGCCGCCUACACCACCACAGGAGAACGAAGAAAUAAGAACAAUACAAAAGAAAAACAGCUCCGUUAGUCUGAUCGGUCGUUUCGGUAGAAAUGGACGAAAGAACUCGAUCGCCUCGAACGCCGACAAAUUCCCUCUGCCACCUCUUCCGCAAAUGCCUGGGGGAUACAAGCAUACCCCUCUUGCCCAAGAGGAUGAUUCUUCCUCCUCGCGGUAUAUGCAAGGAGGGGAACAACGACGCACUCCUUACGACUCCCGGACGGAUAUGGACUCUCCGGGCACUGCGAACCAUGCCCGUUUUGGCAACAGGGCUCAAGCCAGGGGUGGAGUUCAAGCCAGGGGGGCCCGGACUGAUAGAGGGGAAACAGAUAGUCUGGCAGAUUUCUUGAAGUUCAGUGAACCACCACCAGCACCAACUCAACGUGCUCCUACUUCAAAGGAGGACACCAGUGCGAUGGCCAAGUUCAAAAACUUCACCUUUUUGAGAAAAUCGAAGAGAAAUGAAGUUUUUUGA